AUGACCCUUCUGCGACACCCCCGUCGCAUCGCCCUUCUCACAGGCAACUCGCACCACCGGCUCGCCGACGACGUCGCCAACCGGCUCGGGAUCGCCUUGACCCCAUGCAACGUCGGCAAGUUUUCCGCCCUCGAGACGAGCGUGCAGAUCAACUCGAGCGUCAGGGAUGAGGACGUAUUCAUCCUCCAGAGUCCCAGUCCGCCUGAUAUCAACGAUCAUUUGAUGGAGCUGUUGAUCCUCGUUAGCGCCUGUAAGACGGCUUCGGCAAAGAGGAUCACGGCCGUCAUUCCUUGUUACCCUUACGCCAGGCAAGACAAGAAGGACAAGUCGAGAGCGCCCAUCACCGCCAAACUCGUCGCCAACUUGCUCGCCGUCGCCGGGUGUGACCACGUCAUCACGAUGGACCUGCACGCCUCGCAGAUCCAGGGGUUCUUCGAUAUCCCCUGUGACAACCUCUUGUCCGAGAUGGCCAUGGUCGGGUACAUCAAGACCGAGAUCGACGGGUGGAGGGACGGGAUCAUCGUCUCGCCCGAUGCCGGAGGUGCCAAGCGCGCGACGGCGUUGGCGGACCGGUUGAACCUCGAUUUCGCGUUGAUCAACCGGAAACGAAAGCGAGGACACCAUCACGCCGGGGCUCAGAAACCCGGACAACACGCCCCUGCUGGGAGCAUGUCGGGCAUGUUGAGCAGCUUGACGCUGGGUGGAGCCAUGACGCCGCCGGAUAACAUGGAGUUGCUCGUCGGGGAUGUCAAGGGCAAGACCGCCAUUCUGAUUGACGACAUGAUCGACACGGGUCAUACCGUCAAACUCGCCGCCGAGGUCCUCAAAGAGGCCGGUGCCAAGGACAUUUACGUUUUAAUCUGUCACGGACUCUUGUCGGACGUGACAAUGAAGACACUGCGGGAUCUGCCGAUCAAGAAGUUGAUCGUGACCAACUCGAUCGACCAGACCGCGAGGGUCGAAGCGACCGAUGGCAAGAUGGGAACCAUCGAUAUCGCUCCCCUCAUCGCCGAGAGUAUCAGGCGGACACAUAACGGUGAAUCCAUCUCGGCCUUGUUCCGAGCCGACCCCUUGUACGUAUGA